AUGAUAAACGAACAAUUUGAUUCUUCUUUGACGACCAAUAACCACCAUGUUACUGAUGAUUUUGGUAUGGAAAAUAUAUUUGAACAAAUGCAAAGAUAUAAAGAGGAAGCUGAUCAAUUAACGGGUGAUGAACGAAAACGAUUUGCUGAAAAGGUGAUUUUAUCACUUUGGAAAAGCAUAGGUGAUGAUGAAGACGAAAGCGAUGAUAAUGACGAUCAUGAUCAUGAUCAUGAUGACGGUGAUGAUGAAAAUAAAAAAUAA